GAUGCGGAUAUCAUAUGAUAAUAAUGAAUCAUAUCACCAUUCAGUGACUUGUUGCGAAGAAGAUCGAUGGAUGCAAGCUCGACCUCACAAAAAUCUGUCUAUAACAGAUCAUUCAACUUUGAGAAAAUGUCUGUUGCACCCGUUUCAUGCCAUGUGUGGUCGUAAGUCAAAUUCCAAAUUGAGCAUCUCGAGUCAGGUUGCAUCUGCUGCUACUUCAUCUGACUUGAUCAUCUUAAGUCAGGAUCCAUCUCCUUCCAGUUCAUCUGAUUUGAACAUCUUGACUCACGCUCCAACUGCUACCAGUUCAUUCGAUUUCAACAUCUUGAAUCAAGGUGCAACUACCACUAUCUCAUCUGAUUUCAACAUCUUGAAUAAUGGUGCAACUGCUGUUACCUCAUUUGAUUUCAACAUCUUGAACAACGGUGAAGCCUCUAGUUCAUCUUUGGUUUCUGAUAACAUUCAAAACAAUAGAUACGACGUGUUUAUCAGUUUCAGAGGCUCCGACACGCGCAACACCUUUGUCGACCAUCUCUACGCUCAUCUCACUGGAAAAGGUAUUUUUACUUUCAAAGAUGACAUGCAGCUUCACAAAGGUGGAUCCAUUUCAACCCAACUUCGACACGCAAUAAAAAACUCGCGUGUUUCUGUAGUUGUUUUCUCUGAAGAUUAUCCCACCUCAACCUGGUGUUUGGAUGAAAUGAGUACCAUUGUUAAUUGUUGUAGAAAUGCAAAACAAAUUGCUUUACCUGUUUUCUAUGACGUUGAUCCGUCUCAUGUUCGACGACAAAAUGGAGUCUAUGAGUUUGCCUUUGAUUUACACAUCAAAUCUAAUCCACAUAAGGUUGCUGAAUGGAAGAGAGAUAUGACAUAUCUGGCUGAAAUUGCCGGUUACGAUAUCAGGAACAAGCCAGAGUUUCAAGAGAUUAAAAAUAUUGUUCAGUCAAUAACAAAGAAGUUGGAUCAUAGAUUCUUACCGAGUCUCGAUGACCUUAUAGGAAUGCAACCUCAUAUAGAAGAAUUAGAGAGCCUUUUGAAACUAAGGUCAGAAUCAGAUGAUCGUGGUUGUCAAGUUUUAGGACUAUGGGGUAUGGAUGGAAUUGGAAAGACAACUCUUGCUAAAGUUUUGUAUGACAGAAUCUCAUAUCAAUUUGAUGCUUCUUGUUUCAUUGAAAACGUUAGCAAAAGUUACGAAGAUGGUGGCGCUAUUGCUGUGCAGAAACAAAUAAUUCAUCAAACUAUAAAAGAAUUUGUUUUAGAAGGAUACAGUCCUUCUCAGAUAUCCGGAGUUAUAACAAGGCUGUACAAUAUGAAGGUCCUUAUAGUUCUUGACGAUGUUGAUCAACUGCUCGAGUUGAAUAUAAAUCUCAAAAUGCUUCGUCCGGGGAGUAGAAUAAUCAUAACCACAAGAGAUGUGCAUAUUCUUGAUCUCUAUGAAGCCGAUAUAAUUCACGAGAUUGGAUUGAUGAACGACAAUGAUGCGCGUGAACUUCUAUGUAGAAAAGCCUUCAAAAGUGAUCAUUCUAGUAGUGAUUAUGCAGAACUUAUUCCUAUGAUACUAAAAUAUGCUCAAGGUCUUCCAUUAGCAAUUAGAGUGAUGGGUUCAUUUUUGUACAAGAGAAAUACUACCCAAUGGAGAGCUACUUUGGAAGGAUUGGAGAAUAAUCCAGAUAGUGGAAUCAUGAAAGUUCUUCAAUCAAGUUUUGAAGGACUCGAGCAAAGAGAGAAAGAAAUAUUCUUGCACAUUGCUUGCUUCUUUGAUGGGGAGAGGGAGGAUUAUGUAAAGAGGAUUCUACAUGCUUGUGGACUGCAGCCUGAUAUUGGAAUUCCAGUUAUUGCUGAAAAAUCGUACAUAACCAUUAGAAACCAGGAAAUUCAUAUGCAUAAAAUGUUACAAGUGUUGGGGAAGAAAAUUGUUCGGGAACAACAUCCUGAUCAACCAAGCUUAUGGAGUAGAUUGUGGCUUUAUAGUGAUUUCUAUGAUGCCAUGACUACACAACCGGUAAUAUAUCUCUCCCUCUUCUCUCAUGAUAAAAAUGGUAAUACAUUUCUUCAUAUAUAUUUUACAUUUCCAUUAUUUUUCUUUUAAUUAACCUAAGUUUUAAUGUAUAAAUAAAAAUAAAAGUAUUACAUGUAAUAUCGAAAAUACUAAUGAAGUUCCCAAAUGAGAUUGAGAACCUAAAUCAGAUGGCAAACUCCGUCAAAUGAUUUUGAAUCCUGAAGCUCUGGUCUAAAAGAGUGUACCUGCAAACACUCUGACACCUAAGUAAAUGACAGUCGAAAGUAAGAGGGGUUUUACGUUAGAAUAGUAUGUACCUAAAGUUUAGAAUCUUUUUAGGAUUUAUAGUUAGGUUUUAGGAUUUCAGGAACCUAUCUUUUGUUUUGGACAACUAUAAGAAAUGACAGAUGUUAGAAGAUCUUGUCUAUGUACCAUUUAUCAGUCAUUCUCCAACUGAUAGCUCUUAUCAGGUGUCCUUCUAGGGCAAAUUCAUCUUAAAUUUUGUAGUGAUAAAACCUUCAUGUGGAUAACUGUAGCGGGGAAAAUCUGAGAUCAAAGCCAUAAAUUGACUCGACUCAAUAUUUCAGUGAAAGUCGCCACCGCGCUUUAUUGUUUCCAAAGGAAAUGGGAAAAGAACGAAAAAACCCAAAGUUUGUUUUUAAAACAAAAAGAGAUCUUAGGAACGGGUGUUGAUUAUACAAGGGGAAGGUUUUAAGCACCCCUCAUAUCUGUGGUACUCCACAGGAACCUUUUUGAAAAUCUGUGUUUUAUAAAAGAUAUCGUGUGCAAGAGAAAUAGUUUGUUUGAUUUUUAAAAUAAGCUCGGCAAGACUAUGUCUUGUGCCUACAUACCUCCUCGGUGCAAUGGAGAAGUCAGAGCUAAUGUAGUUCCGCUUUUAAAAAACGUUUGAAAAAGGUAUAAACACAUUUACCAUCGUCGGGGCGAAUACUCAGCCAUUGAUCUUAAACAUGAGAACGAACGAGUUCUUUGCAUCACUAAUGAGAGAAGGGCGCCAACUUGGAUAAAAUCGACAAGUAUGCCACUAGCUCUCUCACGUGGAAAAGAUUUCAUCGUGUCAAUCAAUAUUAAAAUCGUGGGGCAUCGCAACUAAUGACAAUGAUUAAUUGUGCUUACUUUUUUGAAAGAAAAUGCCAACAAGGGCUAAAUAUAGUUUUUAAAGAAGAUUUUAAAAGGGAUUUCAAACAUAAGAAGUUUUUUUAGAAAAAGAGAGGAGACUUUGAAAAUUUAAGAAGUGGGAGGAGAUGAAGAGGCUAUCCUAGUGCGAGAAAAUAAAAGUUUAGGGAAAAACGAUCUGACCAAAAUAAGAAGUCGACACUUGACACAUUGAGUCAAGGAAGAAUUCCCAUCCUUUGGACUACCCACACAAAACCAAAAUUACCACUUAGGGACCAAAAUGAACUUGCAAAUCUUCGAAGAAUCACAUAAGUUUCUGACAGAAAUCGGACAGAGUAACGGUUGCAAAUGGGCGAAAUCCUUAUCUUAGUGCUUUGGAAUUAACCUUCAAAGACUUUUCGAGGAGAUACCUACACACAUCACAACAGCAAUCCAACCAGACAAAAUAACAAGCAAGAUAACAGUCAAAUAAUGAUACACAGUCCAUUGGUCCUUAAGUGUUUUUUAGGUUUCAUCUUGUUUAUUAAUGUUUUAGCAUAAAAGUAAAGUAUAGUCCAAGUGGACAAAAGAAAAAUAGCGGAGAAUAAAUAUGACGUCCAAAUGGACAAAAUAAAAAUAGCAGAAAGUAAAUAUGAUGAUAUGAUGAGUAUAAGAGCGGUAAAUAUAAAGGACAAUAUAAUAAAAAUGCGGAAAUUAAAAUUAGUCGUUAGUUGUUAAAGAUAACCAUCUUGAAACUUGUCAAGUAUGUUAUCAAAGUUAGUAAAUAAAGAUUAAUAAUGGAGGAAGGAUGAAUUCGGAUUUAAAUCAACCACAUACAACUUCCUUUUCAUUUUUAAUCUUUUAUCGAUUCGGGUCAAAGAAAGAAAAGGAAAGAUAGAUGAAGAAAAAGAGCAAAAAUAACAUAAUAAACUAAUAAUUAAAAAAACGCAAGGUGUAAAAUAAUAAGACAUAUUUUUGUGAAUUUUUUCAUAAUUUUGGACUAAAAACAAGAUUAAUAUGAAUUUUUGAAGUUAAAAACUAAUCAAAAUAAAAAUAGUAACAUAAAAUAAAGCAGAAUAAAUUCCAGCCAUCGGAUUUAGUCAAUUGACUAAUUUUAUGUAGGAUCUAAGAUCCAGAACUAAGGUGUAUAGUAAAAAUACAAACAAGUGUGUAGAGAAUCCCAUUUAGAUCAUCUUCUCAGGUGACGACAAGUGUCUCCGGUGCCACUUGUCAUUCAUCGAUGCAUCACAUAGAUCCCAAAAUAAAUGUAAUAAAAAAAUUAAAAAAAAAGAAAUGAGAUGAAGAUGAUGUCAAGAGAGAAAAUAUACAGAAUUCUUUUAUCAAUUUCUUCCACUUUUCAAUGUCAACAUCGGUACAGUAUUUUGUACUAUCAUUAAUGUACCCAAGACUAAAAUAAAGUGGAGAAAUGAUAUUGAAGAGAGAGAGAUAUCAGUAAAAACAAAACUCCAUGUUUCCAUAAACUUCUUUUUUUCAUUUUCAAUAAAACUCCAUCAUUCAUCUUUAAUAUCACACUUUCUCUUCUCUCUCAUAAAACACAAACAAACCACAUGCAUAUUAAAAAAAAAAAAAAAAAGUAAAAGAAGUCUAGUAAAAACCACACAAUAAGAUUAGAGGCGGAGAGACACCGAGAAUGGCGGACGGAACUCCUCCGGCACGGUGGCCGGAGGUGAAAAUUUUCAGAACUCGAAAAUUUUACAUCAUCCCGUUCGGUUUUCUCUCCUCAGUUCAAAUAUCAGGUUAGUUUUUGAAAACAAUUGCUUGAAACUUGUAGAUCUAUCAAUGAAGUUUGAUAGCUCUAAGUUCAAAAUGUAGCACAACAGUGCAGGUAACACGAAAGUAAAGAUGGAUUCGGUAUCAGAAGAGACUUCUCAACCUUUUGAAGCAAAGAAAUCAAGUAACAGUGGCGGUUGAGAGCUCCGGCACGGUGGCUCUGUGUUUUCCGGCGAGGGAGGUCGACUUCCGGCGGUGAUUUAUGAGCUCAGGUGAAUUUAUGAUUUGUUCUGAUUUUGUCAGUCUGAAAAGUUCUGAAAAAGAGGUCCCCUGUGUCAGUGUGAGUCAAUGCUUUUAUAAUGUAGAAAUUAUGAACAAAAUGGGCUCAGGUAUGAUUUUGAUGAACUGUAAUUUUCCUCCUUGAGCCCAAUCCGAACAUCCUUUUCUAUUUCUCAUUUUCAGCUUUGUUUUAAUGUUCUUGAGAUGUUGUUUGAACAUGUUCUUGGGCCUGGAUUUAACUUUGAAUUUGAAUUACUUGUUGGUGUGAAUGAAAAUUUACCACGGUAACUUCACUUUGUACCAUUAUUUUUCAUGAAUGCUUGUGUAUGAUUUUUGAUUGCAUCUUAAUUCUCUUCUUUGCAUAUGAUGAGCACCAUUGACAUGAAGAUGGAGGGAAAAGCCUUGGAGAGACUAUGGUGAACUCGAAGCCCAAACAUGAAGUUUGAAAGAAAAUGGUGGACUUAUGAAGUGACUUCAAUCUUGAUCACACAAAACUUUGAAUUCUUGUAGAAUAAAAUGUAGAAAUUGAAUUCUUGCAACCAUAAUGAUGUAAUCUUGGAUUGUCAUGAAUUAGAUCUUUGUAUGAGAUGAAGACUUUUGCUUUGAAUUUUGUAAUCUUUGAUGUAUCGUUGGCUUGAAACUUUAGGAAUUUAAUUCCUCUUAAAUGAAUGUACCUUUUAAGUUCAUGUAAAAACAAAUCUUGGAUCAUGAGUGCUAA